AUGGGGCAUAAUAAGGCUUUAGAUAAGGGAAAAAAGAAGCAGAAAAAGGGUUUAUGGUCUCCAGAUGAAGACCAGAGGCUUAGAAACUAUGUACUCGAGCAUGGUCAUGGUUGCUGGACCAACGUUUCCAUCAAUGCUGGUUUACAGAGGAAUGGCAAGAGCUGUCGGUUAAGAUGGCUAAACUAUUUAAGACCAGGACUAAAACGAGGAAUGUUUAGCCGAGAAGAGGAGGAGAUUGUCAUCAAUCUUCAUAAAACAUUAGGCAACAAGUGGUCUCGGAUAGCACAUAAACUGCCUGGACGAACAGAUAAUGAAAUUAAAAACUACUGGCAUUCUUAUCUAAAGAAAAAGGUGGCAAAAAUGGGUGAAACUGAAGGCCAAGGUAAAGCUGAAUGCAUGAAUUCAGAAAUGGAAAACACGGAAUCUUCUUCCCUGAAGUCGAGUUUGGAAUCAUUUGAUCAUAUUGAAGGACCAUUGAUGGAUUUUUGUGCACAGAAAAGCAAUUUACCAAGAAUUCUAUUUGCCGAGUGGCUCCAAUUUGAUCAGUUUCUUGGCUGUGAUUCAGACAGCCCUCCAGAAGCUUAUAACAAUGCUUUAGAGAACAAUGGCUCAAAUUCCCAAGAUGUUCUCAUGCAUAAUUUGCUGCUCAAUGAAGAGAUGUAUGCUGGUGAAAUGCAGCCAAAAUUUAACAGUUCUAUCGAUGAUAUGUUUCAAGAACAGUUCAAGUUUGAGCAUCAGAAAUCAGAAAGUGGAUAUGCCGAACUUUUUCCUGGUGAAUUCAACAUAAACUAUGAUGUAAUGUAUAUAUAA